AGAAAUCGAUUUGGAAAAAUUUUCGGAUUAGUUUAUCAUCAUUAUUCUGAUUCUGAUAUCGUGAUACUCUAAUAUAAACAUGACACAUUUAUCACAAUUGGUUUCUCUUGGAUUACAAAAUAUCCGACAAACUCUAGUGUCCUGCAAUAUUUAUAACAAUUUGGUGAAAGUAUGUGUCAGACACGCUUCAAAGAAAAGCAGUACGAGCACUAAGAACAAGGGUGGCCAUCCUAGACCAAAACACAGAGGAUGGAAAGUACAGGAUGGGACUUCUGUAUAUCCAGGCAGGUUAUUGGUCAGACAGCUAAAAAUGAGAUUCCAUCCAGGUCUUAAUGUUGGUUUGUCACGAGAUGGAUCUUUAUUUGCUUUGCAACCAGGCAGAGUGGUAGUAACUUGUGAAAAAGUUGAUCUCAACUGGGAGAACUUUUGGGUUAAACGCGAUUAUGCCGGACGUGAAAAUCAAGUUAUAUAUAAGAAACACUUUAAUAUUAUUCCCAAACCACAGCAUAAUACAUUCAAAUUAAUAGACACAAUUUAAAUAUAUAUGUACAAAAACAUGUAAAAGCAAUUUUUCGAAUGUUU